AUGGCUGCGGGGUCUCACGCCGCCGCACAGUCUCCAGGAGCUAUUGUUGGUCUUGACGAUAUUAUGGAUGAAGGAGUUGUUAAAGAAAGUGGCAAUGAUACCAUUGAUGAAGAAGAGCUGGUUUUACCUAACAGGAAUUUGAGGGACAAAGUAGAAGAAAAUUCAGUGAGAUCACAAAGAAAGUCACCUCGUUUAAUGGCACAAGAGCAAGUACGAAGUUUACAACAAAGCACUAUUGCCAAGUGCUCAAAUGCAGCACCUUUAAGUAACACAAAAACAUCUGGGAAGACUGCGUCUACCCCUAAAGCAGGGGUGAGACAACUAGAAAGAAGUCAGACUAAAGAAGAAGUUUACUCACUGAAACCCAAGUACCAUAAAGAGAAUAGAAGGGGCAGCCGACAAAGUGGGCAAGGCGAAGCAGUACCAGAAGUAUCAGAGUCUCCGAGUCAGUCUUCAGUGUCAUUGUCAUCUUCUCUUGAAAUGAAGGAUGAAACUGGAUUAGAUUCUAAACAUGAGUGUAAUAAUCAGGAAGAAGCACAUGUGGCAUCUCAUGAAUUGAAUUGUCCACUUCUUUCAGAGACUUGUGUUACUGUUGCAGAAAAGAAAAAUGAAGCUUUGAUAGAAUGUAAAAUUGAGACUGUUAGUAGCCCCUUGUUUAAGUUUUCAGAUAAAGAAUGUGAACAGAGUGAUUCCAUUUCAGGUAAAAUGGAUGAGGUUGUUGUCGAAGAAAUGAUAGCAAAGGGAAAAGUUGAACAAGACUCAAAGGAGACAGUAAAAUUAUCUCAUGAAGAUGAUCGAGUUAUUGAGGAACCUGGAUCUUCUGCUGGUAUUUCUGGCGAUGUUGCUUGUACAAAUCCAAAUGAGACAGAGAAGAAUGUUACAGGUGUGUCUAGUUCUGUAGAUGAAGUUACUGAAUGUAAUUUGGAAUUGAAGACUACCAUGGAUGUUUCUGAUGGUAAGGCUGAGAACUCCCUUCAAAGAAAUAAAAUGGAACCAUUGGGUUAUUGCAAAGAUACAGAGUCUAAUAAACAGUUGCAGAGCACUGAGUUUACUAGAUCAAACUUAGAGGUGGUUGAUACUAGCACUUCUGAACAAGAAAGUAAUAUUUGAGAAACUGCUGUUUGUGAUGUGCCUGACCCAAAUGCAAAACAGUUGGCUGUUACUGAAAGUCAUCAAAUGGAUUCUCAUGAAACAUCAAACCUCCCAGAUGAUGGAAACAGCCAGACACGUAAUGCUUCUUACAUAGAGUUGAAAAACAUAAAGUCAAAACACACAAAAACUGUAAUUCAUUCUAGACAAAACAUGACCACAGAUACUCCCAAGAAAAUUGUUUCAGUGAAGCAUGAAGUAUUGCAGAACAGAACUAAAGUUAAUGUCAAAAGUUUGAAAUGAAAUGGUAAUGAACCAAGAGCUGAGGAAAAUUUUCACAGAGUCAAAGUUAGGAAAAAACAAGUUGAUAAGGAGCCAAAGAUUCAGAGUUGCAAUUCUGGGGCUAAAUCCAUAAAAAACCAAACUCAUUCUAUACUAAAAAAAACACUACAGGAUCAAAAUUUAGUACAGAUUUCCAAACCCUUAACUCAUUCUGUGAAUGAUAACCCUCAUGGUCACCCUGGUUGCUCUAAAGAGCCUCAUCAUCCUGCGCAAACUGGACAUUUACUACAUUCCAGCCAGAAACAGUGCCAUAAGCCUCAGCAGCAGGCCCCAGCAAUGAAAACUAAUAGUCAUGUGAAGGAAGAGCUUGAAUAUCUAGGUGUUGAACAUUUUAGAGAGGAAGAUAAACUGAAACAAAAACCUGAGAAGAACAUACAACCCCACCAAAGGAGAAGCAGCAGAAGUUUUUCUUUGGAUGAGCCACCAUUGUUUAUUCCAGACAACAUUGCUACCAUAAAAAGAGAAGGUUCUGAUCAUAGCUCCUCAUUUGAAAGCAAAUAUAUGUGGACUCCCAGCAAGCAGUGUGGGUUUUGCAAAAAAACACAUGCCCUCACUCCCAACCUGCUGGCUGUCCUUGGCCAAAGUCUGGCUUCACAUUCCAAGCAGACCCUGACUCCCCGACCAAUAGUAAAGACGUGCCCAUCAGCUCCCUGCUUCCCUGGGAAGGAACAAGUAGCCCCACCAGACCCAGGAUCUGGCUGGAUGGAGAGAUUUUCCUUGGAAAGUGAACAGCAGCAGCAGACCAUCUGCUGGGAAGAGAGGACCUCCCGAAACGCUGCAGGGGCCACUUUGGAGCUCAUAAACUCUCCUCAUCUAAGUCCAGUUCUCAGCGAUAUUUCUGCCCCAGAAUCUGAAUCCCCAGAAUGCAGACCAGAAACUUCUGGAAGGGGCUCGACCAUUCUUUUAUUGUCUUCCCUCAUCGCCAAAACAAGGAGAGGCCUGGCUUGGCCAAGGUAUGAAGAGGUUGAGGCAGAAAUGCCUGAAUUUCUGUGGAUAGUCUCCCCUCUGCCUUUGAAUGAUAAAGGCCAAGCCCCAGAGGCUCUGGGAAGAGAGCAGCUGCUGUCAGGAAGUCCAGGGUUCGACUCUUUCCAAACCCACCCUGGGCCUGCCCUUGUGGGGGUCACCGUGUCCUGCCUCCAGCCUCAACCCCAUGUCAGGAGCAGUUUUGGCUCUCAGGGACCAAGGGCACCAUCGCUAGCUCCCUCCUAUCCAACCCUGGGAGUACUGGGGCAGGACCCACUGUUGUCCUGGUUCUGUGUAGUCAGUAAUUAUCUAAAUGAGAACAAUAGUCCACAUGGACCAUCCAGAAGAGUGUCCUCAGAAAAAUCAUUGUUUAUAGGGAUGGACUCUUACGUCCCACAGCUUCUGGACUCGCAGCACAGGUGGGGAGAAUCUUUGGGUGUCCUGUGGUCUGAUCAAAUAAAAGUUAUCCUGUUUCUCAUUCCUUCUGUUGCUGCAAAUCUUCCAUUUGAAUUGGAAAUGACUCCUGCAGAGGAAGCUUCCAGCACAAAUAGAGAUAUGCAGAGCCUGCAGGCAGCCCUGGGCUGGCAACCAAGAUUCCUGUUUGCGACUUCUUGUGGGACCUAA